GUGUCCAAAUGAUCGCCUGAUCUAAAGUGCUUGAAGUUUGACAGCGCGGUGUUUAACUACAGUCUAAACAGUCCUUUCUCACACCCCUCUGAACCCUCUCGCCCUACGGUGUGCGAAAAACACCUGUCUACAGUUGUGCUUUUGGGCAGUUUAAUGUGAGUCGGGUCCUUUAAGACCAUGAGUUUAGGCAGCAACAGGUUUGUCAGGUGAAUCGGAAGUGGGUUCAGCGCAGGCUGCUUUACCUGAGCCAGGUGAGAACAGACAGUAAGGAACCUCUCCAGCCCCGGCGGUCAGUCAGUCCGGUAAAAUGAACAAUCCAAUUCCAUCCAACCUGAAGUCUGAGGCCAAAAAGGCUGCUAAGAUCCUGCGAGAAUUCACAGAGAUUUCAAACAGACAAGGUCCUGACAAGCUAAUUCCAGCCCACGUGAUUGCCAAAGCAGAAGGACUAGCCAUCUUAUCCGUCAUCAAAGCUGGGUUCAUGAUCACUGCUCGAGGGGGCAGUGGGAUAGUGAUUGCUCGCCUUGCUGAUGGAAGAUGGUCGGCUCCGACAGCCAUUGGCAUUGCUGGGCUUGGUGGAGGAUUUGAAAUUGGUUUGGAGGCGUCCGAUUUUGUUAUCAUCUUGAAUCAGCGCAGAGCAGUUGAAGCCUUCAGCAAAGGGGGAAAUCUCACAUUUGGAGGAAAUUGCACUGUGGCCGUUGGGCCUCUUGGCAGGAACUUAGAGGCUGAUGUGGCGUUUCGGAGUACAGCCGCCGUGUUCUCCUACUGCAAGUCCCGCGGACUCUAUGCUGGAGUGUCUCUUGUUGGAUCGUGCAUAAUUGAACGCAAAGACACAAACAGAAAGUUCUAUGGUCAGGAUAUUCGUGCAUCUUCUAUUCUUAAUGGAGAUGUAGAACCUCCCCCUGAAGCUCAUGAUCUUUAUGCCAUUUUGGAUGACUAUGCAGAAAAGUACUCCAGUGAAAGGCAGAGCAAAUAUCUCCGGUCUUCCAGCAAGGAUUUUUUCACAAGGAGUGCAGCCCCAUCUAGACCGAGACCUCCAGCAGCGAAGGCUGCUUCCUCCUUCACUCCAAGGGCAGCGGCUUCUUUUACUGAAACAAAGGCAGCACUCUACCCUAACAUAUCCGGCUGGCCGUCUGAUCGCUCAGGCCAAGCAUCCGGCGGGGCUCUGGUGGUCACAGCCAAUCACCCUUUCACUGGCCAGCAGCCAGGAGACCUGAGCUUCGUGGCCGGGGACCGCAUCACCGUCAUCACAAAGACCGACUCUCAAUACGACUGGUGGGAGGGAGAGCUGAGGGGCCAGGUCGGCAUUUUCCCAGCUAACUUUGUGUCUUACUGAAAGCACUAAUGCAAAUGCUGUUAUCAUACUGCUUGGGGAUUUAAGAUCCAGGUUCCAGAGUGAAGGAUUUCUUUCUUUCUUUCUUUCUUUCUUUCUUUCUUUCUUUCUUUCUUUUUUUUUUAAACAGUAACCUGGCGCUGGUUUACGCUUAAAGGUCAACUUAUAAUGAAUGAGGUUUCAGUGUUAACCUGGUGUCAGAAGUGUAUUUAUUCUCUUUUUUAAAGGUUUGAAGUCUAUUAUACUUAUUAUACACAGUCCAGGCAGAAUAAUCUGCACUUGAUGGCAGACUUGAGUCCAUCUUAAGUUCCUAUGCAUACUUUAUUAUCCUUCUUUUACACUGUUCUUCAAUGGUCAGGCCCCCAAAGGAGCAGCACAAACAUGGUGUGUUGUGCUGGAUCAGACACGGCAGUGCUGCUGGAGUUUUAAACACUGUUGUAACUGGCUGUCCACACUCUAUUAGAUACUCCUACCUAGAUGCUCCUCCUUUUAGAUGUAAAGUAUAGUCAGAGAAAGAAGCUCCUCUUUUACAGCCCAGUUGGAGGUUCUGCACCGACACUUGUGUGUUUAAAAACUCCAGCAGCACUGCCGUACCUGAGCCACGCAUACCAGUACAACACACACUAACACCUUAUACACCACCACCAUAUUAGUUUUACUGAAGUGCUACAAAUGAUUCACCUCCCAAAUAAUACCUUCUCUUUGGUGGUCCUGUGGACCAGUCCAGAACAGUGUAAAUGGAGGGUAAUAAAAUAUGCAGAGAAACAGAUACAGGAUGACAGUCUGUAAUUGCAGGAAUACAAAAUAACACAUGCUCUGUGGAGCUGAUAAAAUAGACAAUAUGUAUAGAAAGAAGGAGAUAUUCAAAUUCUAUUAUAAACAAGUUGUAACACUACACUGUUUGUGGGUUGGUUUUAAGGUUGAGUGAAGGUUAUAUUGCACCUUUGGUAUUUCUGAGCAGCUUUUGCACUUAUUUAUUAAAUAUAUAUUUCUUUCUACUGAUACAGGCUUUUGUUUAGUAUACAGCUCUGGAAAAAAAUGAGACCACUUUGGUUUCUGAAUUUGUUGCUCUGAUUUUGCUAUAUAUAGGUAUAUGUUUGAGCAAAAUUAACAUUGUUGUUUUUUCUAUAAAUUACGGACAAUAUUUCUCCCAAAUUCCCCCCCAAAAAUAUUGCCAUUUAGAGGAUUUAUUUGCAGAAAAUGAAAAAUGGCUGAAAAAAAUAUGCAGAGCUUUCAGACCUCAAAUAAUGCAAAGAAAACAACUUUCUAUUCAUAAAGUUGAAUAAGUUCAGAAAUCAAUAUUUGGUGUAAUAACCCUGGUUUCUAAUCAGUUUUCAUGCAUCUUGGCAUGUUCUCCUCCACCAGUCUUACACACUGCUUUUGGAUAACUUUAUGCCACUCCUGGUGCAAAAAUUCAAGCUGUUCAUCUUGUUUUGAAGGUUUAUGAUCAUCCAUCUUCUUCUUGUUUAUAUUUCAGAGGUUUUCAAUUUGCUAAAAUCAAAGAAACUUUGCAUUUUUAAGUGGUCUUUUUUUUUCUCCAGAGCUGUAUAUUUAGCACAUAGGGUGAAAGUUAAAUUGAAUUUAAACAAAAUAGUCAGCAUGUUUACUGCUGAAUAAUAAUAUGGACAUUGUAAUGUAGUGCUUCCUUUAUCAUGUGAUGUAUUCUUGUUGAUUAUACACUUUUUCCAUUUUUUUUUUAUUAUUUUAUAUUAUCAGUAUCAUAACUAAAUUGUAUGCACAUUUUAGUUUGAAUGUACUUAACAAAAAAUCAUGGAUGGGGAAAAAAAUAAUAUGCAUAUAUAAUUUAUAGACAGACUUCAUGAUAAAUACAGUAUGUGUGCCAUAUUCCUCUUAUUUUGCUGUGCCCUAUAACUCUUAUGUAUUUAGAAAAUAAGAAAAAAUACUGUGGUUAUUACUGGGUGCUCAAACAAAUAGCAGUUGUUAUAUUUGUUUUUUACUACUGAUUUUAAGAUUCUAAUAAAUAAUUUUGGAAUUUA